CAAAAAAGAGAUAUAACUCAAUAAAGGCCAAAAAGCAGAAUACCACCUCUUUAAAACUGGCUGGGGGUGGGGGGGCUUUAAGUCACAGGAUGCAUCGUAGAGUUGCACAAAGUCUUAAAAUAGUUCUUUGUCUUUAUUGCCCAUUAGGUUAGUAGUUAGAGGCUUCAUCGAAUUGAAUCACCUCUGGUGAAGAUACUUGAGAUCUUCAUGGUGACUCUCCUUGUUUUCAUCCACUGACUGUUGUUUUUAUUUUUUAUUAAACAUUAUUAAACAUGUUUAUGGAAGCUCAUUUCUGUUCAUUAAGCCUGGAUAACACAUUUAUUUUAGUUUUUUAUCAAAAUUAGGAGCUAAAAGUAAUUGUGACUUUUUAUCUUGUAAUUGUCCACUGUUGUCUGUGUUCUGGGGGCAAAUUUUAUGUGAAAUCGGUCCAACUCAGUUUCCCAAACUCACCCAGCCUCUCCACACAUGAACAAUACAUGGCUCCUGGUGCCAGACAAACAAAGGUACAGAUAUUAAUCAAUGUCCGCUGGUAAAAAGUGUGGAGGGACUCAGUGUUUCGUGGUGAUGCAUCGGCCCCUGCAAGUUUUAUGUUUCUUACUUUUGUUGUGCAGCUUAAGAAUCAAGUUUAAACUGUGUUGACAAGUUCAGAGUUGCCUGCAACGGACGCGCCGCACUGCUUACAAUAUAAACACAGCAGAGCAUUCCCCUCGUUCUACCUCCUGCCCGCAUCUUUGUUAAAUCUACAUCUGUCCACUGCAGAGGCCCUAUCCACAACCUGGAGGAGGUGUGUAGUAGUAAAUGUGUGUAGUAGUAUAAUAUUAAAACAAUAAAUGAAAAGUGCAAUGUUCAUUUAUAAUAUACUAUUAGUAUAAUAUUAAUAUAUUGUUACUAUAUUGAUUAUAAUUUCAUAUAUUAGUAUACUAUAUACCUUACCACUACCAUAAUAUUAUUCCAGUUACUGCUGUUUCAUUUUUGUUGGUAGUUUUUAGUCAUUAAAUGCUUGUGCAAGAAAAAUAUUCUACGUGGUGGUUGAGUUAGUCUGUAACUUAAUGCUAAGUGGUAAUUCAUCAAUAAUCAGAACCAUUUAUGCAGAACAAGUUCAACAUUUAGAAGUUUGUGUAGCACAUUUGUAGCAUUCUCAAUGUCUCUCCCCAUCCAAGCUGUGAUUGAUUAGUUGAUGAACAAUGACACAUUGACUCAGUGAAAAUUUUAAGUUUAAGAGAUUAUGGUAGGUUGCAGUAUUAACACUGUGCUCGCACUUAAGGGGCAUUUUGCGAGGGAAAUGGUGGCACUGUAGAGCUGCUUAUGAUCACCGUACACUCACACAAAGGUAACCACGUGGAAUUUUAACUUGCACCCUUUGAAAAAAAUAGUCUGGAGCCCUGCAGUUCUUACUAACAGCCAGUAACACAAGUUUCAUUUCUACCCACAACCUCAUUACUCAUAACUUCCUGAUAAAAGAAAGUAUUUUAGUCCUCUGUCAAUUAAGGUUCACAGGCUGCAGAGAUGUGGCUCUACCUCUGCUUUCUCCUCGCAGGAUGCUUCUGCCACAGCUUUGCUGACAUUCCUGUAACGACUGUGCUGCAGAACACAGUGGCCGUGCUGCCCUGUCCUCAUAAGAAGGGAAAUGUGGAAUGGAGCUGCUUCUUUGGUGGUAAAAAGGUGACUCUUGUCACUAUCAAAAAUGGUGAAGAGAAAAAAACUAACAAACGCUAUGGUUCCCUGGCAGAUAAUUCGCUGGUAAUAACAAAUGUUCAGUCUACUGACUCUGUAACAUAUCUCUGUAAUAGAAGUAAAAUAAAUCUGAAUGUAAAAAAAGAUCCCAACAUCAUGGAUCCCAAUGCUGGAAAUGCAUCAGUCACACCAAGAAACCAUGGACUGGGUUUUUGCUCUGGACCAGGCCUGAGGGAAGAAACUGCAGACGCAGAGAAGCAGCGAUCCUCUGACCUUUGGAAAGUACCUGUUGGUGUCGUCGUGGGUGCUGCAUUUGUGCUUUUGUUCGCCUUUACCCUGAGAUUCUGCUCACAAAAGAAAGCAGGGACAAACGCCAACUUGGGCGAAACUGUCACUGAGGGGAUUUAUGAGGAGAUGAGGAGCAGCCAAGGGAAUCUGAUGUUGAAAGUCCAAACUACUGGACAAGCAUCAGUGAAACAACAAGCAGCUCCACACCACCAACAUAAUGAUUUUUUGUACAGCACCGUGAACAAGCUAAAAACUGAAGGACGCAGCAAUGACGAGUGUGUACUACUUUUGUCCAAACUCCCCCACAGACCACAGGAAAUGUUUAGUUUUCAGCAUAUCUGUCACACCUGCUCAGAUAAAUUUAGAACCUGUUCACACCUAAUUCUGUACACAGGAUGCAUCACAGAGUUGCACAGUCUUUUAAAAAAAAUAGUUCUUUGUUUUUGUGGCCCAUUAGGUUUUUAGUUAGAGGUUUCAUCGAAGGUUUCUGGUGCAGAUCCUACAGAUCUACACAGUGACUUACUCCUCUGAGAUCAAACUGUGGACUGCAUGUAACUUAUAUUUUUAUCCUGGAGUUUGUUUUCAUCCACUGACUUUAUUUUUUAUGAAACAUUAUUAAACAUGUUUAUGGAAGCCGUCGUUGAACAGAGGAGGGGGUCUACGCCACCACUUAUCCCCCCAAUGCUGCCCUUUCAUCACUUCCCAGGAAACUU